CACUCACUGUCGACAUGUCUGGACGCGGCAAGGGAGGAAAGGUGAAGGGGAAGUCAAAGUCCCGCUCCAGCCGUGCCGGCCUGCAGUUCCCCGUGGGCAGGAUCCACCGUCUCCUGAGGAAGGGCAACUACGCCGAGCGCGUGGGCGCCGGCGCCCCCGUGUACCUGGCGGCCGUCAUGGAGUACCUGGCCGCCGAGGUGCUCGAGCUGGCCGGCAACGCGGCCCGCGACAACAAGAAGACCCGCAAUCCCCGCCACCUGCAGCUGGCCAUCCGCAACGACGAGGAGCUGAACAAGCUCCUCUCCGGCGUCACCAUUGCCCAGGGAGGUGUGCUGCCUAACAUCCAGGCGGUGCUCCUGCCCAAGAAGACCGAGAAGAAGUAAUCGCCCUCGGCCUUUCAGGGACGACAAUUCAGUACCGUUUAAUCCGGCUCCCCUUGGGAGCCACACCCUUUUCCAAAAAGAGACUUCUGGACACACACCCUCAACUACAUAGUGACAUUCCUAGGUCAAUUCCUGCUGAUAUUACUAGGAAGAAGACCCUCAGUCAUGACAACAAUUAACAACCCCCACGUCUGGCAGGCUUCCCACACUUAGUUUGUUUGUUUGUUUUCUUCACGGCAGGUAAGGGACUCCUCUGCUGACAACGACGAUAACAACAAUUAACCCACAAGACAUAACAUAACAAAUAAAAAAAAACGCAAAA